CAAAGUACGCAGCUGCCUGGGCAGCUCAGCCGCCCUCCCCUCCCGUCGGCCCCAGCCGGAGAGAACAGCUCAGCCCAGCCGCCUCUCCCACAAGCCCUGCAAGGGAGAGCAUCAAGCCGAACAGCAUGGAAGAAGAAAUACGCACAGGUUGCUGAUCCAGCCAGCUAGCUGGCUUCCUCAUGCAAGUACCGCAUUGGGGCUGCGCCCUCAUCCAGCCUCCCCUGUCACCAAGAAGAGAUUUGCUUUUGGAAAUUACCCCCACUGCCCCACCCCACGACUGAGCUGUCUCGGCUGAAGUGACAGCCAACGUCACCGCCAAGACCUGCGGUUCCAUGGCUAUGUCCCUGCCAGGGAGCAGAAGACCCUCAACGGGAUCCCGGAGCCGUGAGUUUUACGGAAGGAGUGGCUUUGCCUCGUUCUUUAAGUCUGCAACGGCCCCUGCCACUCCGACUGAGAAACAGCCUCUUCUUCCCGCCUCCAGGCGUCCCUCUCCGCCAGUGAGCAUGCGGGACACCUACGGCACCUCCUCGCUCAGCAGCAGCAGCAACUCCGGCUCCUGUAAGGGCAGCGACAGCAGCCCCACCCCAAGGCGCCCAGUGAAGUACCUGCUGUGCAGCGACAACCAUGGGAUCAAGCCCCCGACCCCCGAGCAGUACCUCACCCCUCUCCAGCAGAAGGAGGUCUGCAUUCGACACCUCAGGGCCAGGCUGAAAGACACGCACGAGAGGCUGCAGGACAGGGAUGCAGAGAUUGACGACCUGAAGACGCAGCUCUCCAGGAUGCAGGAGGAGUGGAUUGAGGAGGAGUGCCACCGCGUGGAGGCCCAGCUGGCGCUGAAGGAGGCCCGGAAGGAGAUCAAGCAGCUGAAGCAAGUCAUCGACACCGUCAAGAACAACCUGAUGGAGAAGGACAAAGGGCUCCAAAAGUACUUUGUGGACAUCAACAUUCAGAACAAGAAGCUGGAGACCUUGCUGCACUGCAUGGAGGUUGCCCAGGACGGGACGGUCAAAGAAGAAGGGGCUGCCGAGUCUGCGGGGGGCUCUCCGGCCCGCUCCCUCACCCGCAGCUCCACCUACACCAAGCUGAGCGACCAAGGAGCCGCCGACAGGAACCUGGGCGGCUCCCAGAUUUCGGUGGAAGAAGCAGCCGACAGCGGCUUUGUGGCUGCAGACGACUCCUUGAGCCGGACGGACUUGCUGGACCAGAGCAGCCUGCUGUCCUCGGGGGUGGAGUGCGGCACAGACGACACCUCCCUGCAGACCAACUUCACCCUGGGGUCCCGGGUGCCCACCAGCUCCACGUACGAGAAGCUGAUGGGGUCUCAGCACAGCGUCGAGGCCGCGGUGCAAGCCAGCUGCAUGCAGGAGCAAGCCAUACAGACGGACUUUGUGCAGUACCAGCCGGAUCUCGAUACCAUCCUAGAGAAGGUGAUGAAAUCCCAGGCUUGCAGCCUGGCCAGCCCCACCUCCGUGUGGGUGUCUGAAAUGGAGGAUGCGGCCGAGCCGCGGAGCUCGGAGAUCCAGGGCCACAGCCUUCCUGGGGGGCCCACGGACAUGGCAGCUGCUGAUCCCAGCUCAGCGGUGUCGAUCAGCGCAGUAGAGGAGGGAGAGAACACUACUGAGCAAGCAGCUUCGCCAAGCCCAGUGGCCAACAGCCCAACCGUGUGCCAGCCUUCUAGCGCCAGCCAGUCGGUGAGCGUCAUGUGUGCCCCAGAAGAAGAAGAAGAAGAAGAAGAAGCUGAACCAGGCCAGGAGCUCGUAGCAGCAGCAGCAGCGGCGGAGCCUCAAACUUACUGGAGCCGCCACUUCAUCGUGGAUCUCCUGGCUGUGGUGGUGCCGGCAGUGCCUACGGUGGCCUGGCUGUGCCGCUCGCAGAGGAGGCAGGGCCAGCCCAUCUACAACAUUAGCUCGCUCCUGCGGGGCUGCUGCACGGUCGCCCUGCACUCCAUCCGCAAGAUCAGCUGCCGCUCCGUCACCAACACCAGCAGCUCCUGCUCCCAGCCAUGACCUCCUUCCCCUGCUCAGCCCGUUGCGCCGCACACAUGCUUUGCCCAGAGAGAGCCAGUUCAUGGAAACGACCAUAAUUUAGCUGACCACUGAUUGUACAUUUCAUCCACGCACUGAGACUUUUUAUUUAUUUAUUUCGGUAUUUAUUUGGGGGGGGCACCUGGGUGACAGUUCUGACCUGCUGCAUCUCGAUUUAUACAAAUGACUUGGGGGAGUUAGCGGUGCCCCUCUUUCUGCAACCCUGGAGGAAUUGCAAGGAGCUGGGGUUGGGCAGCCGGCCUCCCUGCUGAAGGACCCUCGCGCCAUAGGUGCUGUAGCUUGCGGAAGUUUUCCUCUCAUUCCACUUCAGGGAAGUUACAAGACUUUUUCCCGAUCUCUCUCCUUUCCACAGUAGGCUCUUUCUGGCCAUUUUUGCGAUCUGCUAGAAAAGCUCCCCGAUAACU